AUGGCAUGGCGCUCGCUCGACCCCAUCACCACCACUCCCGCCAUGGCCAGGUCUGCACAACUCGAGUCGAACCUUGACGCGCCAUUGCCAAGGCCCGUCUUACAUGUGUACACAGCACAUCCACGGCUAGGCACUUCUAGCGGCCCUGCAUGCACAACGAAUCGCCAGUCUGCCGCUCUCGCUCUCGGCCCAAGCGCUGAUCCCCGUUUACAAAAAGCCCAUCCAACCACCCUGGCCAUCAAAUUGGCUGUUCUCGACACCUGGCAAAUGCAGCCGAACAGGACGAUGAGGCUACGUCUCGUGCCGCCGCGAACUCAUCUUGACCUCCCACUCAUACUUACUCCAGCCCCUCUGACACUGACAUGGCCAUGGACAUGGACAUGGACAUGGACCCCCGCCUGUCGCUGUCGUCAAGUCAACCCACGCACCGGCGAACGGCACGCCACCAUUGGUCCUCCAACGCCCAAAAGCCGCCAAAUUUGCCCAUCGUACUUGAGAUUUGCCCUGAUUCAGGUCCCCGCACAGGAGCGGGUGGAGUGGGAAAAUUGCUGCAAAAAUCUCGUCUGA